AUGGGUAACGGAGCCAAGGCCUCGAUGAAGCGCGAGCGCAAUGCCGCAGACAAGGGCAAGACUGCCAAGUCGCAGACCAAAUCCAAUGAGAAGGCCAUGACCAUUCAGUGCAAGGUCUGCUUGCAGACCUUCCUGCAGACUACCAAAGCUCCUGCUCUCCUGGAGCACGCCUCCAAUAAGCACAAGAAGGGCUUAGCUGACUGCUUCCCUGGCGUUACUCCCGCAUAA